UGUGUGCACUGGGGAUUGUGAGACGAGUACGGCGGAGGUCCUCUAUGGCCGAGAGCGGGCGUUCGCCCGAUGGCGAGAUUCGCAAACUGAGGAAGAAGCUGCGGCAGAUUGAAAACCUCGAACAUCUGCCGCGAACGCUCACGGAGGAGGAGGCGAUUAAAGUGACCCAGAAAUGCGAGCUGCGGCGGAGGUUGGCGGGGUUGCUGAGGGCUCUCGCGGAGCGGGAGGGGGACCCGGAGCCCCCCGCGCCGGCGACAUCGACGACAACGCCCCUCGUCGCCGCGCCUGAUCCGGCGACAGCGACGACAACUCCCCUCGUCGCCGCGCCUAAUCCGGCGACAGCGACGACAACUCCCCUCGUCGCCGCGCCUGAUCCGGCGACAGCGACGACAACGCCCCUCGUCGCCGCGCCUGAUCCGGCGACAGCGACGACAACGCCCCCCGACGCCGAGCCUACGCCUCGGCACGACGGAGGCGACGGCAUGAAGCGAACAAGCGGGACGCGGGGCUCUGCUCACGUUGCCCCAGAGACCGCGUGUGCGCCCGCGAAGCAGCCUAAGCAGGAGGCGCGGAGCGAGGGGACGCCAGAGAAAACACGCGCCGGACAAACAGCGAAAGAAGCGGGGACGCGUCCGACGGCGAUGACGGCGCCGGCGGUGGUGUCGGCGGCGGCGAAGAAGGAGGUGGAGCCGGUGGCCCCGGCGGGGCUGCGGCGGCUGCGGGAGCGCUGGGGGAACGCGCGCUUCGCCGUGACGCCGCUGGUGGGCCACAGCGACCUCGUCACCGCCGUCGCCUUCCACGGAUCGUACAUCGUCUCCGGCAGCCGCGAUACGACGGUGAAGCUGUGGCACGCCGCGACGGGCACGGAGGAAGCCAACCUCGGCGGGCACACAGGCAGCGUCACCUGCGUGGCCAUCGCCCCAGCCGCCACCGCCACCGCCAUCGGGAAGGCUCUUGAUUGCGCGGACGAUGAGGAUUUCUUGGCGAGUGGAUCCAGUGACUGCACAGUGAAGAUCUGGUCUCUGCGCACAGGGCAGGAGGUGCGGAGCGUCUACACCUACAGCCCCGUUUCGGCGAUCGCGUUCCUCCCCGAGCCGGGACUCCUCCUCUCCGCGUCCGACGGAGGGAAGCUGGACAUGUGGGACCUCACGACGGGCGCCAGCGUGCAGUCGUUUCGUGCUCAUGAAGACGCCAUCACCUGCCUGCAGCUGCACGGCUCGCUGGCGUGCACGGGUGGCCGGGAUGGCCAGGUGCGCGUGUGGGAGCUGCGCCCGGGCCCCCGCCUGCACCUGCUCUUCUGCACGGAGGGCGAGGAGUGGAGCGCCGACGGGCGCCGCCGUGGCGCGUCCCCCCUGCGCUGCCUCCUGGCGGGGCCGCGACCCCACGGCCGCCUCCUCUACUCCGCCGACGAAGGCGCCAGCAUCCGGGUCCUCGACUGGCGGACGGGCUCCAUAUUGCGGAAGCUGCCCAACCACAACAGCGACUGCGGCUUCACCGACUGCCUGUCCAUGGCAAGCGAUGGCGGCGAUGGCGGCACUCGCCUGAUGCUGUCCGCGGGCUACGACAUUGACCGAGGUCACGGCUACAUCAACGUGCGGCUGCUCGCGGAGGGCGGGGAGCCGUACGUAGCGACGCUGGGGGGUGAGGCGACCCCCCGCCUGCUCUGCGUCGCCACCACCUGCACCCCCAGCGGCCUGCAGCGCUGGGGCACGGGGGGGCGGAGCCUCCUCCUGUGGGAGGAGCUCCCGCACGGGGGCGGAGCCAACAGCCACCACCGCGAAAACGGACAUGUUGUGGCCUCGAGCUUCCGGCGCGAGUUUGAGCGAGACGAAGAAGUCUGGAGCGACGACGAGAGCUCGGCCUCCGACAGCUCGCUCGGCUCAAGUUCCAGGGCUUCGAGCAGCGAAGACGACACGGAGCCUGUGAACGGGAGGAGGAGGACCUGGUGCAGCGUCAUGUGAUCGCAGCCCAGGGGGGCACCGGCCACACGGGGAACGGUGGCUCGCGCGUCCUUUCCACAACCACUGCCGGCCCAGUUCUGGCCCGGGCUCCGUGAUCGACUCUGCUUCUCCAUCACCUCUUUGCUACACCGACAACCGAGCCGUGCCGUGCCGUGGCCAGCCCUGGUGCGGCUCAGGAGGCGCCAGGGCGGUUUUUCCACUGCGCGAGCCGAGCCGAGCCCGCCCCGGCUUGGCCCCGAGCGGGUUUCAGACGUCUGGUGACGCCAGCGUAGCACGGUUUGGCUCUGGGCUACUACCCGUUGCCGUGAGAGUGCCACGCUGGCUCAGCUGGGCUGUUGCCACUUGGCAACCGGGCCCGUGCUGGCCUGCUGUCAGACUGGUUCCGGCCCAGGCAGAGCACUAGGACACGAAGUCAGUUCCCAUGAUUUGUGAGCCAGGGGGCACACCAUCCACCCUGCCCUUUGUAGCUACAGAGAGAGAGAGAGAGAGGCGGGGGGAGGGGCUCGGGAAGCAAUCUUAAAAGGGCUGCUUUUACUAAAUUUCAGAGUAGACUGAUGAGUUGAUGGGUUACGGAACGGUUUGCCCACCAUGGGUUACCCAUUCAGGAAUUGACUCCGUUUAAAAAUAAAUAGAUAUAUAGUACCUUUUUCUCCGCCUUUAUCUCGAUUGUUGCCAUCGUCGUCGUCACGAGACGAGCACGCGUUUCACUUUGGACCUCUGGCACCGACGUGAGGUCCAAGUCGGAGGGUGCCCCCCCCCACCCUCUGCCCCCCCCACCCUCUGCC